AUGGCCUACGUAGAACCAGCAGCAGCAGGUGCAGCGGAAGCAGCAGCAGCAGCUGCUGCUGCGGUCACAAAUGGUGCAACAGCUGACGAACUAGACUGUACAGGAGGAACAGCAGCCGCAGCAGCAGCAGCAGCAGCAGCUGCAGCAGCCGCAGCAGCAGCAGCAGCCGCAAAAGCAAUUGAGCGAAAAGUUGCUUUGGAGGCUUCCCGCGAUGAGGUUUUGGCCCGCAGCAAGAGCAGCAGCAGCAGCAGCAGCAGCAGCAAGGUGCGGCCGCUGCUGCCAGUGCCCAGUGUAGUUUGUCUGGCGCUGCCCUCUCCAGCAGCACUUGCUGAGCUUUUGCUGCUGCUCUCUCGGCUGCUGAAGGGGCUUCCGUCUGCUGCUGCUGCAGUUCCAGAAGGGCUGUUGCCUGCUGCUGCGUGGCGGCUGGUGGUUGCUGCUGCUGCUGCUGCAGUCAGCGACAUGCACGCGCAGCUGCGCCGGCAGCAAGCCUGUGCUGCUGCUGCUGCUGCUGCUGCUGGUGCCGCCGUCGAGUGUCUCCUGGCAGAGGGGCUGUUGCAUCCGGAGCAGCUCGAAGCAGCAGCAGCUGCUGCUGCUGCUUCGAGCUGCUGCAGCACGGCCAGGGAGGGGCAUCAAGGGCCCCGCGCUGCCACAGCAGCAGGGGCCCCAAGGCUCUUCAGUACUCUGCGUUUUGUCUUCGACCAGCGGCAGCAGCAGCAGCAGCAGCAGCAGCAGCAGCAGCAGUCAGGCGGCCCGCGCAGCGAGAGCAGCAAGCAGCUGCUGCUGCUGCUGCGGCUGCUGUGCCGAGCAGCAGUGCUGCAGCAGAGCGUGGAGACCCUGAAGACAGCAGACGCUGUUGGCUGCGUCCUUGCUGUGGCUAUUGGCAGAGACACUCACAGCAGCUGCUGCUGCAGCAGCAGCAGCAGCAGGAGAAGCAGCAGCAGCAGAAGCAGCAGCAGCAGCAGCAGCAGCAGCAUCAGCAAAUAUCGCGGCAGCUGGCGGUUUCGAGCCGAGGCUCUAAAGACCUUAGGGGGGCUGUUGUCUCACGCAGAGCUCAUGGAGGUAUUCCUUGCAGCUGGUGGCCAGGCUCAGCAGCAGCAGCAGCAGCGGCAGCAGCAGCAGCAGCUACUAGCUGGAGAUCUGGCAGCAGUAGGCGGGGAGACGGGGGCGUCCGGGCCUAAAAGGGAAUGGUACGCGACGCCUUCGGCAUUCAGGAAGAGCAGCAGCAGCAGCAGCAGCAGCACCAGCAGCAGCAGCAGCAGCAGCAGCAAAGAGGGCGCGUGUUACUUAGACAUGUUCCGAGAGGCCUUGGCCUCCGACGUGGCUCUUUCUCGCCGGGCCUUAAAGAGACUGGUGGGGUUUGUGGUGCUGCGGGUGGAGGCUUGGAAGUGCUUCAGAGCUGUCAGCAGCAGCUGCUGCCAGCUGCUGCCCCCAGCAGCAGCAGCAGCAGCAGCAGCAGCAGGGUGUGGCGAGGAGAUGAGUGUCAAGAGAGAGGCGGGGCUCGAGGGCCAGACGGAGGUGGAGGAGACAGACCCUCUUUCAGCUCUUUCCUUUUCUGCUCCCAAUGCGCCGCACAGUUCAGCAGCAGCAGCAGCAGCAGCAGCAGCAGCAGCUGGGGAAGGAGGUGACCCCGGCUUCUUGGAGCAGCUGCUGCUCGACGGGGAAGGGAAAGUUGCUGCUGCAGCAGACGCCUUUGAGCGCUGCUUGUUGCUGCUGCAGGAGGUGUCUCUUUCCCCCCUCAGUGCUGCUUCUCGAGUGGACGACUCCGUAGAGGUAACUGCAGCAAAAGCAGCAGCAGCAGCAGCACGGCAGCAGCACAGCUAG